AUGAGUGAAAUAAAUGGACAAAACUCUUUUCAAGACCGAAGCUCUAAAAAGUUCGAUAAUGCAAGGCAGGCGUUGAACAAAAGCGAUAAACAGUCAAACGCAAAUAAAAUUGUUGAAUUUACUAAAUUUGCAUCAUCUACGUGGAAAGCUACUUCGACAAUUAUGCAGGAUUCCGACGCCAAGAUGGACGAGUUGGAAUUUAUAAUAAAGCAAAUAGAACAUCAACAGAAGCCAUCGGAAUCUAGCACUACAAACAUUAGAGACGAUUACGAAGAAAUACAUCGAAAAAUUCCUGGGCUGUUCUGGGAUACAAUUUCAAUGGACAACCCAGAAUUUGCUUUCAAAAAAAUGAAGAGGAUAAUCCAAGAUAUAGUAAACUCACAAAAACAUUUAGAACCAAUGAUUGAUAUAGACUUCAUAAAUAUGAGUAAAUAUAUCACAGCUCAGAAUAGAUUGGACAAAAUCUGUAGACAUUUAGGGUCCAAAACACUUUUCGUG